AUGAGAGCGUGGGUGGGUAAUUUAUAUAAAGCUGUCCAGCAACUGUAUAAGCGUGCAGGUCACGCACCUGGUAUCACGCAAGGGCUAGGAGCUGGUGUCACGCAAAUUCUAGCACCUGGUGUCACGCAAGGGCUAGCAUCUGGUACCACGCAAGGGCUAAGAGCUGGUGUCACGCAAGGUCUAGCAGCUGGUAUCACGCAAGGGCUAGGAGCUGGUGUCACGCAAGGUCUAGCACCUGGUGUCACGCAAGGUCUAGCACCUGGUAUCACGCAAGGUCUAGCACCUGGUGUCACGCAAGGUCUAGCACCUGGUAUCACGCAAGGGCUAGGAGCUGGUGUUACGCACAGGCUAGCACCUGGUGUCACGCAAGGGCUAGGAGCUGGUUUUACGCAAGGGCUAGCAUCUGGUGUCACGCAAGGGCUAGAAGUUGGUGUCACUCAAGGGCUAGGAGCUGGUGUUAAAGUAACAUAA